CUUGACACCGCCAUGUUCCAGAGGAGGGCGAGUUCAGCGAAAAGACGCAGUCAGCUUGUCACUCAUAAUUAAGGAACCACAGCGGGAGUAAACUGGUAGGAAAAGCUCGGCCCGCGGAGGUACUACAUUCGUGGCUUGUUGUUGUUGGACCUCGCGGUCGCGGCGGCUCCCCUCCUCGUCCACUACACCACCACACGCCGAAAACUAUGAACCGGCGCGGCGCAGUGGGACCUUCGCGUCGCGUCCCGCCAACCGGGAAUCGCAACACUUUUUCGGGCUUCAACUACUAAAGGCACGACCAUAACAAAACUUAGUGCGUGAUAGCUUCUUUUUUGUUUGGGUGCGUUUGUAGAAUAAAGCGACACUGAGGAGGCUAGUUCGACAUUUCGACUCCCACCAGGCGACUUUCGAAGGACUCACUGGCACAAAGAGGACACUCCCAAACCGGAGAUUUCCAUUCUAUUGCCGAACUCCCAGACUGGGAGAAAGCCAGCGAGCAGCAGCUAUGAGCGGGGGAGACGUUGUGUGUUCAGGGUGGCUGCGAAAGUCUCCGCCGGAAAAAAAGUUGCGACGUUACCGCGAGGGAUAGAGGGAUAGAGGAGCCGCUCCCUGGCGCCCCGGCGAAGCUUGGCCGCCCCUUCCUGUGCAUGGAAGAAGCGGUGGUUUAUGCUUCGCAGUGGCCGUUUGACAGGCGACCCAGAUGUGCUGGAGUACUACAAGAAUGACCACGCCAAGAAGCCCAUCCGCGUGAUUGACCUCAACUUGUGUGAGCAGGUGGAUGCCGGGCUGACGUUCAACAAGAAGGACUUGGAGCACAGCUUCAUUUUUGACAUCAAGACCAUCGACCGUGUCUUCUACCUUGUGGCUGACACGGAGGAGGAGAUGAACAAGUGGGUGCGCUGCAUCUGCGACAUAUGUGGCUUCAACCCCACCGAUGACGAGGCUGCCAAAGCUGGCCAGCAGUCGGCCAUCGGGGGCCUGGUGGUGGGCACCCCUCCGCACACGGCGCUUGGCAACUUGGUGGGUCAGCCGGCGGCAGCCCUGACCGCCGUGCCACCUCCCUACCAGCCGGUCAGCGUGCGGCAUCUGGACUCCCAAUCCAGCACGGAGGAGCCCCAGGAUUACUUGUGGCUGGUCAACUGUGAGAGCAAAAAGCCCGAUGCCAACAGAGCCCACACUGAGUGUUCCAAGUCUACCUCCUCCGAAACGGACCUGAAUGACAACCUCCCGUCACACCGAACGCCCACGUCGUCCACGUCAUCGGCCAAGCACACCUCUCAGAACGGCUUCUUUGCCGGGCACCCGGCCCCCGCCUCUGCUUCGUCCCUAUACGACUCCCCGCCGUCACGGGGCGCCUCCCUCCUGAGCGACAACGGCCUCUACCACCUGCCCCGCAGCUACUCUCAGGACACCGUGCUGCUCCCCAAGUCGGCAUCGUCCCCCACGGCCCACCAGGACGUUGGCGGCGAGGGGUCUGAACUGUACGUCUUCAACACCCCCUCACGAAAGCCCUCCGUGGAGACGCAGAUACGCAAUCUGUCCAUCAGCUACGACAUCCCACCCACGCCCGGGGCUAACUCUACCUACCAGGUCCCCCGCACCAUGUCGUCCUCGGAAGGCGGGGGGGACGUCCUGCCCCCUCCCAGGCCACCCAAGCCCAUCUCCGGACCCCCGCCGGCCCACGCCGAGCGCUCCCCCACAGACACUUAUUACAUGCCUCGCUCGGCGUCAGAGACCGACGGAAACUACUGUGUGCCUACAAGUGCUUGCAAUAAAGCUUUACGCAGCAACACUAUCGGAACUGUCGACAGUUCGCGCCUACGCAAAGAUUUUGGUUCCCAGGACUGCUACGACAUUCCCAGAUCCUUCCCAUCUGACAAGAGCUGCUCAUUCGACUUCAACGAAAGUUUCAACAGCUACUUUAAAAAUAAAGGAAUGUUGCCCGUGAGCAGCCAGUCCACCGAGGAGGUGGACCAGAACUACGUCCCCAUGAGUGCCAAUUCCCCGUCCCACCACCACUCGGGCAGCCUGUCGGAGCCCGUGCACGAGACCAACUACGUGCCCAUGACGCCUAGCACCAUGGAGUUCUCCUCGCUGGGCAAGCAAGUGCCGCCUCCCGCCCACAUGGGUUUCCGUUCCAGUCCCAAAACUCCGCCGCGGAGGCCCAUGCCCAGCGACUGCCAGCCGCCGCCUGUGGACCGGAACCUCAAACCGGAUCGCAAAGGUCAGAGUCCUAAAGUAAUAAGAGCAAAGGGGGUCGGUUUAGAGCGAACCGACUCCCAAACUGUAGGAGAGUUCCCACGGGGACGGCGCAAGGGAAAACCCGCGCCACUGGAGAUCAAACCCGUGCCCGAAUGGGAGGAGCCCUGCACGCCGGUCCGCUCGCCCGUCACUCGCUCCUUCGCACGGGAUCUCUCUAGGUUCCCCAUGCCCGCCCGGCCCCCAUCAGUGCAUAGCACCGCCUCCAGCACUGACUCCGAGGACAGUGAUGAGAAUUAUGUAGCCAUGCUCUCUAAUAUGAAGAACCAGUCAGAUGAACCAAGCACAAAGCUGAGCGCACCGAUGACUGUGGACGGCGGGAGUAGCCCCAUGGUGAAGCCCAAGGGAGACAAGCAGGUGGAGUACUUGGAUUUGGACCUGGACUCCGGCAAGUCCACUCCACCUCGGAAGAUGAAGAGCAAUGGUUCUGGCAUGGCAGCGUCGGAUGAGCGUGUGGACUACGUGGUGGUGGACCAGCAACGGACGCAAGCCCUUAAGAGCACCCGUGAGGCCUGGAACGACGGCCGCCAAUCCACAGAGACGGACACGACAUCCAAAGGAGCCAAAUCGAUUAUUUUGUUUAAAAUUUGAAAGCCCUGCAAAAAUGGCUGGACAUCUUACCCACAGGAACGUGCCCAGCUAGCGGCACGUUAUGAAGUUUGGAGAUCUGUUGUUCAAGUGCAAAGAUGGCGGAGGACCAUUAAAGGAAGACCUACUCAAGUUGACGCCAAGACGAUCAAGAAUUGUCAUGCAAAACUCAUCGCUACAGGAUCUGUGGCUGAUACUCGAAGAGGUCGCCCUUCCAAUUCCAGUGACCCAGAGGUAGUGCAUGUUGUUCAAGAGAUGUUUACGCAUAGCCAGAAAAAGUCAAUUUGACAAGCAGCAAGGGAAAGUGGACUUUCCUUUCACUGUGUGCGAACUGUGCUCAAAAAGGAGCUUAAACGGCGUGCUUGGAAGCCGCACUGCUGUCAAGCAGACCGCGACAUUCGUAUUGGAGUGUGGGGAGGCGAUGAUGGCUUGGUAUGAAGAUUGGUCUGAUCUCUUUAAAAAUAUCCUCUGGAGUGAUGAGGCGGUAUUCCACAUCAGUGGGUUUGUGAACCGUCACAACUGCCACUACCGGACUGGAGAAGAUACUCGUAUUACCUCAGAAAAAAUGCAGAAUUGGCCCAAUGGUGUGGAAUGACGUCCGACAGGAUUGUGGGUCCCUUCAUCCUUUGGGAUACCAUGAAUGCCGAAACGUACCUCACCAUGCUGAAAGAUGAAAUCUGGCCAGUUAUCAGCACUUGGGAGAUAUUUGAAGAUUUUAUUUUCAUGCAAGAUGGCGCUCCUUCACAUUAUGCUAUUGUUGUUCGUGAAUGGCUGAAUGCCCACUUCCCUGGGAGAUGGAUGGGUCGUCGUGGUCCGUAUGAGUGGCCAGCCAGAAGUCCUGACUUAGCACCGUGGGACUUUUUUCUGUGGGGUUGGUUAAAGGAGCAAGUCUAUUCUACCAAACCAACGAAUUUGGAAGAACUUGAAGGGUGAAUACGACAAGUUAUGUCUUCCAUCCCACAAGAGUUCCUUGUGAAAUCAGUUAAUGCGGUUCCCAGGUGGCUUGAGAAACUGGUGGCUAAUGCUAGCGCCAAUAUCGAAUUUUAAAUAAAACUCCAUGCAAUACACUUUCUUCUUGUGUUCAUUUCUUGUAAGAAUUAUAGUUCAGAAAUAAAUUACAAGUACUUAAAAAUAGGGAGUUACUUUUUUCAGGGACUACUAAUAGUAAUCCAUCCAUCCAUCCAUCAAUCCAUCCAUUUUCCAUACCGCUUCUCACUAGGAUCGCGGGCGUGCCGGAGCCUAUCCCGGCCAUCUUCAGGCAAGAGGCGGGGUACACCCUGAACUUGGUCGCCAGCCAAUCGCAGGGCACAUAUAAACAAACAACUAUUCACACUCGCAUUCGCACUUAGGGGCAAUUUAGAGCAUUCAAUCAACCUACCACAUGUUUUUGGGAUGUGGGAGGAAACCGGAGUGCCCGUAGAAAACCCACGUCAGGCACGGAGAGAACAAGCAAACUCCACACAGGUGGGGCCGGGAAUUGAACCCCGGUUCCAAGAACUGUGAGGCAGAUGUGCUAACCACCAGUGAUACAUUUAAUGCAUAUUUUCCACUUUAAAGUCAUGUCUUUUUUUGCAGCUAUUCUGUGCCUGUCUUACCUGAAAUGACCACUAGAUGAAGCUGUAGUUUGAAGAAUUGAACAUCCCUUUUUUGAACAGUGCUACUUGCUUCUAUGUUGUUGCCACUCUUGGAAUUAUGCCCCGUCUCCAGGUUGUAAUGUAAAUCCUACUAUAACCAAGUAUUGCCUGUAUUUAUAUGAUAUGCUCCUAUAGUCUUCUUCAUGUAUUAAGUCAGCAUUUUGCUGUGUCAUCUAAGGGCUCCACUGUAGCCUAGUAAUAUCUGAUGGGCUCAUUAUAAUUUAAUGCUAGACUGUACCAUAUAAUAAUGCAGCCUCAUGCCAUCCGCUGUGAUGUGAUGACAUUUAAAUAAUGGCAGAAAGUAAGUGGAAUUGAGCAAAAAUAUAUGAUCAUUGAAAAGCAAAAGGGCGGUAGAAAUAGUGUUGUUUUUAAAAGCUGAAGAACCCCAAAAUGUGCAAACAUAUUUCUGUGAGAUUGCAAAGUGCUAAAGCAGAACGCCCAUGUCCUGCAGGUGGCGUUAAUGUCUUCCGUCAUGUGUAAAUCGGAGUUUUGCAAUGAUAAACAUGGAUGAAAAUGAGAGAAUAUUCAACUCUUGACGGUGGAUCUGGAACGUAUACGAUGCAACAGGGUUUCUCUCUACAUGAAAAUAUUAGCUUUUUUUAACUAUCCUCUUUUAUAUGCUAAAAAAAAACUCAUUAGCUGCAUUACAGGUAAUAUAUUGGUGCCAUCUUGUGAAAUUCUGUGUUGUUGUUUGGUUUAAUACAUUAAUAGUGUUUAUUCGUAUACCUUUGAGAUGUUUUGUUUCCUGUCAUUGAUUGCACCAUGUGCACAGACAAAGUGAAACGUGAAAGUUUAGUUUUGCCUCUCUUGCAAUGCAGCUCCCAAUGGCAUGUGUUGUCUACUUUGACAUUACAAUAUGCCGGCAUUCGCGAACAUUAUCAUGCAGUGUAAUGCCGAAAAGUGAGCUUACUCACAUUUUACACAAAGUGUUAAGUAUGAUGCCUAUUUGGUUGCCCAUGUGCGAUGUCAUGUCAGUUUGAGCCUCUUGUGAAGGUGGUUAUGUACCAUGGGUUCACG